AUGAAGCACCCUUUCCAGAACAUUGUGGUGGACACCAAGACACAGCUUGUAUUUGCCGCCGUGGACAACGGUAUCCGUGUGUUCAGCUUGCCCGAGGGUAAGCUUGUUGGCCAAUGGAUCGAUGACGUAGUGAGUGAGGCCGACAUUAAGAAGCGCCAAAAGGAACAAAAGGACGCCUUGAAGAAAGCCCGUAAGGAGGAGCUCGUGGCCAAGGCUUUAGAGAAUGGUGUAGUUCUCCACCAACCGCUGAAGAAGAUCAAGCCUUCCUUUGAACACUCGACUCACAAUUACAUCCGGUCGUUGCAACUUGAUGGCCAUGGCAAGUACUUGGUGGCCACCACCGACACUGAUAAGUCCGUGGUGGUGUUCUCCGUUGAUGCCACCAACCUGGAAAACUGUCUUACCGUCGUCAAGAGACAACCGUUCCCCAAGAGACCUUGUUCCAUUGAUAUCGACCGUGACAGUGCCAAUGUGGUCGUGGCCGACAAGUUUGGUGACGUUUACACCAUGCCAUUGGCCAACAGCACCGAGGUCUUGGAAGAGAAGUCCUUGUUGCCCAUCUUGGGACAUGUUUCCAUGUUGACCGACGUUGCCGUGACCACCAACGCCACCAACGACCGCCAAUACAUCCUCACAGCUGAUCGUGACGAACACAUCCGUGUGUCCAACUACCCUAAGCUGUACGUGGUCAAGCACUGGCUUUUCGGCCACCACGAGUUUGUUCUGUGCUUGAACAUCGAUGGCGAACAGCUUGUUUCCGGAGGUGGGGACGACUACAUCUGUCUUUGGAACUGGUACGAGAACAAGCUUUUGGCACAAGCCGAUAUCCGUCAACACGUUGACAAGUACUUGACCGCUUUCCACGACACCCCAGAACGUUGGGCCACCGAGGAGUCCAAACGUGAGAUCUCUGUCUCCAAGAUCUUGCGUCUCAGAACCAACUUGAUUGCCGUGUUGGUGGAAAACGUCAAGUGUUUGCUUGUUUUCGAAAUCAAGGACGGUAACUCUUUGGUGCACAAACAAACUUUGGAGCUUUCCCAUGAGUUUGUCGACGUUGCCAAGGUCAACGAGGACCUUCUCUUGGGAUCCAACAACGACACAACCGACGAGGGACAAUUGUUCUCGUACGUCAGCGUUGCCGAAGACGGCACCUUUUCCGUGGACGUCCUGAGAAAGUUGGACGUUGAGAGCAUAACAGUGGCCUCUUCCGAAGACAUGUGUCCAUUGUGGUACGUGAACACCUUGAGAAAGAGAUCCGAACAUUAG